AUGGCGAACCAAAGCCCUGCGGCGUCUAUGAAGCGCGUAUCCAGAGCGUGUGUAUUCUGCAGAGCCCGAAAGUCAAGAUGUGACCUGGAAGCUUCCGGCGGUCAGCCACCUUGUGGUCGCUGCCAAAAAGAAAAUCGCGAAUGCGUGCUGGGCACCUCAAAUCGUGGUGGAAGCCGGAUCAGAAAGAAGACUGUUUCGCACAUCAACACCACCGGCCACCCUCCUGCUCUGACAACAGCCCAAUCAAUUACUGCAGAACCCACAUCGGCGAGCUUUCUACAGCCGUCUCCCAUUCAACACCUCUCUCAUGUCGUAGGCCCAGACAGCCCUCCAAACAUCACAUCCGCACCCAAUGCGGCAGAAGAUGACGAUUCGGCAUCGACUGCCGACAGUACCAUAGGAAAUACUAUACCAAGAAACCCAUCGGAUGCGUGGCAGCUCCUGAAAGAUGUCGCUAACAGGGAGGCGGAUCACCUGCAAGCAACUUCCGGAGCGAACAAGCAUGGAGACUCCUUACGCCCCAGCCUGCGGAACGGUGCCAGACAGGAACCACGAGGAUCAAUCAAUGGGAUUCAUGCGGGCAUCUCAACCUAUCGUCUUGUUCGCGAAGGAUACCUCACUCCGGACAUAAUCCAAAUGUUGGUCAGAAGAUACGCCGAACACUACCAUGCGUAUCUACCUCUAGUCCCUCGAAGAUACUUCGACCCGGCGCAACUGGAUGUAUUCGCAGUCAACGACAAGCACCUUCUAACAGCCGUCCUCACAAUUUCCUCCAAAGACUUGGUUGAGCAGCCCAAUGUACACGUCUGCUGUUCCAGGUACAUGCACGACCUUAUCUCGGGUGUUGCCGCUGGCCAUGACUGUGAAGUUGAGGCAGUCGAAGCUCUACUGCUUUUGGCGGAAUGGGAACCUCAAGGGUUGCGGAACCGCAUUGAGGCUGUUGGGCGGGGUGAGGAAGACAGGAGUGCAUGGAUGCACGUGGGUAUGGCACUACGCACAGGAUACUUUCUAAGCCUUGAUCGGACGGCUUUCCGUCAGGAGUCGGCCGAGGAAGCCAGGAUAGAUGGCCGAAGACGUCUCGCGUGGGCCAACUGUUAUGUCUCGGAUCGUCUCAUCUCGGUCAGAAUAGGGAAAGCAUUCUGGUCUCGUGGUCCGGGGCCCAUGACUGGACUCUCUUCUCAGGACUUCCCAUCACUGCAACCAUUCAGCCUGGGUGACGAAGAUUAUGCCAAAAUCAUGCAGGCUACCCUUGACCUCACUCAGCUCUAUUCGAACGUUCACGAUGUGCUGUACUCAGGCAUGCGCACAAGUGGUCAAAUGAUGCUAAUGGGCGACUAUGUCAAAUAUGUGGACGACUUUCGAACGGCCAUUGCACGCUGGAACACAACUUGGGGCAAGUUGGAAUGCUCACCACAUAUCAAGGUCACCUUGCAACUGUCGUACGAGUAUCUGUGUCUGUACACCAACGCGUUUGUCUUUCAAGCUGCGAUUUCUCAGGCAAUUGCAAACAAGCCGAAGACGGAUGCACAUUCUUUGAGGGACCACCUCCGCAGCGUUUUCAGCAACGUCGGAGCAAUGCCCGAUGCACGAUUUAUAUGGGCUAGUGUCGCCGCAGCGAAAGCCUAUCUGAUUCUACUCAGUACACAGGUCGAUCCAAGCAGAUAUUUGCGGUACAUGCCACUAAGGUAUUAUCUGUACGGCAUCUACUCUGCCGUGUUCCUAUACAAAGCGCGGUCCUUUGGGGUAAUGACCGACACGGAAGAGCGACAAGUUCGAAAUCUGGUGAUACAGACCAUGGAAGUUCUCAAGAGAGCUUCUGUUUCUGCCCAGGAUCCAGGCUCGCGCUACGCUCGACUACUGGAGUUGCUGUGGAUGAAAACACCAAAAGGCAAUGUUCCCACGCAACACCAAAUGCAGUCGCCUGCAGCUUCGAACACAACGUUAUCAUCCAGUGGCAGUGUCCGUGUUGAUGCACAAGGCUAUAUGCAAUACAGUCCGGCCAACGAUUUCUCUUGGCUUGAUCUUGAGGCUGUAGGUGAUUAUGUGUCUGGCGACCAAUUGAUGGGCACUGGUAAUGGGAUGAACCUCCUUGCACCUUCUGGUUAUCAGGCGGCGUCAACAUUUGUGCCACAGGCGCAAGACUGGUCGCAACCAAGCAAUGGCAUGAAUUGGCCUGUGGACUGGACAGGUAACCUGUUAUUCUAA